AUGACACAUUUUUGCCAUAAAGAUGAUAAAUAUGGUGAAUUUGGUUCACUCGAACAAAAUAAUAACAAUCAAUCACAGCAACCAGAACAGAAUCAAAACAAUAACGGAUUUAUCGAUUUCUUUUUACCAUUUAUGUUUGGAGAACAACAAAAUCGAUCAAGAAAUACUAAUAUCCAAUCAACACAAACAUCGAAUAACAAUCAAAAUGGUUCACCACAACCACCUCAACCUCAAGGACAAGUUCCUCAAUUCCAUUUCUAUGUAUUCCCGAUGCCAGUAACACCAGGAGGAGAUGGUCAAGCCACCCCAAACGUAUUUUUCUUUACACCCUUCUUUAUGCCACAAGAAGUUCAAAAACCACGUGCUUCAGAGUCGUUCAUGAAAAAAUUACCAGUUGUCACCAUAACUAAAGAACAUUUUGAUGCAAAAGCAAGUUGUCCGAUUUGCUUCGACCUUUUCUCUCUUUCCGAUGAACAAAAAGAAAACACAACAGAUCAUGGAGAUAAUGAAGCGACUGUGACCACAGAACCUUCUAAUUCACCAUCCAUCAAUUCACAUUCAGAUUCAGCACAUUGUUCAACAAUCUCAUGUGCCUUGGCAAAUGUUGGAUGCUGUGAAGAAAUUGACAACAAUUUACCAACACCUAUAAUAACAUUACCACGAUGCCAUCACAGGUUUCACGUUUCAUGUUUAAGAACUUCUUUAUUAGUUGAGGGUUAUUCAUUACGUGAUAUCAAUUCAAUGUCACGAACAUUGGACUUUCGUUGUCCAACGUGCCGUGCUCCUGCAAUUCUGCAAAGCGAUGUGUUGAAAGUAGCUGCCGCUCCGAAUGAAAAUGAAAGUGCAAAUUCUCCACAGAGCGAACAGCAGGUGUUUUCAAUAUUAAACUUACCUUUAACCAUUAAUUUAUCGGAUUUAUCAGAUUCCGAUGAUAUGGACUUGGAUUAA